CGCGUACUUGACAGUUGUGAGUUGUAACAUAACCUUGACGCUUGUUUACAACAUCAGCCACGAUUGAGUUUCUAAUCGUUUUGUAAUGAUAAAAUUUUAAACUACUCGCCGUUUUUACCCGUGAAGUUUGUUUGGCCAAAACGUAAUAUUACGGAACCAGCAAAAUUCUAUCGUUUAGGUUUAAAGUUUUAUAGUGCGCUGAAGACCAGUUUUUACUAGUUAAUUUCCUCAAAAUGUCUAUGAACAUUUUUAAAACUAUUGCAAAACUCACCAGGACACCAACAACAUACAAUAACUGCAUACAAAAUCUAAGGGUAUUUUCUACAGGAAUUCCGUUGCAAAACAAGAAAGAAAUUGAGGUAACAUUUGUUAAAGCCAAUGGAGAGAAAGUCAAAGCAAAAGGUAAAGUUGGAGACUCACUUUUGGAUGUAGUUGUAAACAAUGAUAUUGACCUGGAUGGAUUUGGGGCUUGUGAGGGAACACUGACUUGUUCUACAUGCCACUUGAUAUUCACCCCACAGGAUUUUAAUGAACUACCAAAUAAGGCAACUGAGGAAGAAAUAGACAUGUUAGAUUUGGCCUAUGAAUUAACAGACACAUCAAGAUUGGGAUGCCAGAUCUUUUUAUCAGAGAAAUUGGAUGGAUUGGAAGUUAGAGUACCAGCAACUAUAAAUGAUCAAAGGAAUUCUUAAUUCAAAUCUUAUUACAUUUGUUAAUUAAUGUAUUUGAAUCUUGUUUA